AAUUGAAGUCAUUCUAAGUGUAUGUCUUUAGUGUCACUUCCAGUCCUCGAGUGAUAGGUUAUCCAAAGAGUGAAUUGUAUCCAAAGAGAAAUAUCUCUCAAUUAUGAGUUGUGGGUUAAGAGUAGGCCUUAAGUCUAGAAUAAGUCUCUCUGAAAUGCUUGUAACCGAAAACGAGGAUAACUCGAGUUUUGCCUCUUUUUUCUCUUUCCCAUUGCAUAUCAUCUCUGGUGUCCAUAACUCUUGGCGGCCAUCCGUCUCGACAUUAACACUGAUUUGUCCCAAUAAUAACUGUUCGCUAUUGAAACUGCAAUACCGGCCCAACGUUUUGACCAUUGAUUACAUCCAACCAUAACCACCAUUUGUCCAAAAACCCCAACACUUAUUGAUUUAUACAUUAAAUACAAAUAAAUCGAUUUAUUUGAACCUUUGGCCGAAUGCUGUUCUCACGGACUCUGACCUACCCAUGAAAAUAAAGUAUAAGUCAAGCGUAACUGUGCCCGACUGUCCUGGCCCUGAACGGGUUUUGUCGAUCGUCUCGAGUAUCGAAACUCUUGGAGAUAUACUCACAGAUGUCAUCGGAUAUAUCGAUGACCGCUCCAAUAAUAACAACACAACAGAACGGGACGUAGAGUUGCGUCUUCUGAUCCACACUUCACACGCCGGGGGUAUCAUUGGAAAGGGAGGCCAAAGGAUCAGGGAUUUAAGAGAUCAAACAAAGGCAGCGAUUAAAGUGUUUUCCCAGUGCUGUCCGAUGUCAACAGAGCGCAUAUGUGCAGUACAGGGGGGGCCCACUGUUGUCAUAUCUGCUAUUAAAAUAGUGUUAGACAUAAUACUUUCGUCGCCAAUCAAAGGACCCGUCAAACUAUACGAUCCCUACAAUUUCGAUGUUUACGGCGCCCCUGAAUAUGGGGGAUAUACCGACCCCUCGCCCACUAGUUUUCGUGGUCGGGGUCCUAAUAUGCCAUACGGUAGAGGGACCGGUGUUCGCAUGGGACGGAUGAAUGACAGGCGAGGUGGUGGUUGGCAACAAGAGCCGCCACCCCUCCCUCCUGUUCCCGAUGCAUGGGUCUCACGAAUGCCUUUUAAUGGACCGGCAGAUAGACGUCCACACAAUCAGAUGUAUUCGAGUCGUUGGCUUCCAUCGGAUAAUCCCCGGUCAGUUCCGCCGCCCACACAAUCGCCCCAAUCGGGCGCAGAGACGCCCUAUUGGUCUGAUGUCGCCGGUGCUAUCAUAGGAAAGGGCGGAAAUCGGAUAAGACUUGUGCGCCGGGACUCUGGCGCUGAUAUAGCUAUUGAUAGCGCUGUUGGUCCGGGCAAUGAGAGGAUGAUCACAGUGAAGGGCAACGCACAUCAGGUCCGAAUGGCCUGCUCUAUGAUCCACAAGAGGUUGGCUUUGAUAAUUGAAGUGAUGAUAUGGAACUGUUAG